UACAGACUAGUGCACUACAUCGGCGGCUGCAACUUCAGCGACUCGGAGCGCAUACGCAUAAUAAUGCCUUCUUCCAUAUCGACGCCCUGAGACGAUAUCGAAUGUGAGAUCGCCUUGCCAACGGACAAUGCGGUGUAGUGUGCACCGCUGAUACCACUGAGAAAUUUCCUUCGCUUCCCUUUGUUACUGAGAGAGCGUGAAACCGUGCUAAUACAGGAUGACUGCCAAUCCUCCAUCGAGCCCUGAGGACCGUCGUUCUGGCGAAGAGCCGGAGGUGGCGAGCGCCAAGUCCUCACCACAGCCCUCGUCCGAGCGAGGUGAAGAGAAGGAAAAGGAGUCAAGUGGAUCAGAAGAAAAAGAUACACCUGGAGAGACGAGACAGGAGAAUAUCGAGGAAGGAGAAGCUUCUGCGCCACCAUUGCCAGACGAAGAGAUCCCGCCGCUUCCCAACGAGGCGCCCCCAGGCGAAGUUGAGGACGAUGGAUGGGAGCCUGUCUGGGAUGCCAACGCAGGCGCCUAUUACUUUUACAACCGCUUCACUGGGCUCUCCCAGUGGGAGAAUCCUCGUGUGCCUGCUGCAUCAUCAGGACCACCGGGCGUGGACGCUCCCGCCACCACAGCCCCGACCGUGAGACCUCCCACGACAGGCGGCUAUAAUCCCGCAAUCCAUGGCGAUUAUGAUCCUACAGCCCCUUAUGCACAGCAGUACGAGGCAGCUGAGGCGGAUACGUCUGCCACGGGGGCUCCUGGCACGGACCCCAGCGCCAUGUACGCCGCUACCGGGGCGUUCAAUCGGUUUACUGGCAGAUGGCAGGCGGCAGAUCUCAAUCCCGAGCGAUACAAUGAAGAGAAUAAAUCACGUCGACAGAUGCAUGCCUUCUUCGACGUCGAUGCUGCCGCAAAUAGCCAUGACGGGCGGAGUCUCAAGGCGGAGCGUAGCGCGAAGAAAUUGUCCAAAAAGGAAUUGAAGGAAUUCAAGCAAAAACGAAGGGAAAGAAAAGAAGAAAAACGGAGGGCAUGGUUGCGGGAUUGAUGACCGCUCCUUGCUGUGUUUGAAUGUUCUGGGUCAGUCUUGGUUCAAAUGGACUCGGUGCGGUCCUUUCAUCUCUUCCUUAUGCCUCGAGCAGAUGGGUGUUGAGGCGUUUUCAUCAUAGCGUUGGGUGAGUGGGAUGUUUGCCAAUGCACUUUCUUUCCGUAUUACUGGAUAGCAACCACGCAGUGUAGCAUAUUUUCAAGUUACAUUACCACAUAAAAAGAAUGACAAGACCAUAAACAUACCAUGACUAUCUACAAGAUCGGCAAUCCUAAGUAAUCUGUCGACUCAACUCCCCUCCCCUCCCCUCAAAGCGAAGCAAAAACAGCAUUAAUUAUUACAUACUCGUAUCUCGCAUCGGGAUCCCCACUCAUUUCUUCCGGCCUCAUGUCACGUGAACCGUAUUUCACGGGUCGCCGACCAAA